AUGAGUCUGGAUUUCAGACCUACCUCUGACACAGAUGAGAUCCACGAACUACUGAACAUACCCCAGACCACCAAUGAAGCUUGCGGGUGUUAUCAACAGGUGCUUGAUUUGUUUGUGCUUCAGCAGAAGACCCGAACAGCACUCUCCAGUAGCCAAUGCUCUCAUAAUCUCCUGAUUUUGUACCCCCAGCGGCUGUGGAUUCACGGCAAGUUCACAAGAGAUGCAUGGAUAAACUCCGAAAUGCUCAGUAUGCAGUAUGCAGUCAGCUAUGAAGCAUUACAUGGUAAUGCGCGCAGCGUCAAGCCAGGCAUCGAGAAAAGACAGCGCGAAGCACCAUCUAACCGACACAAGAAAUACAAGAGCAUGAUGCAAUAG